AUGGAGCGGCAGGAGCAGGCGGGCGGCGCCGAGCCCGCGGCGAGCCCGGACGGGGAGUUCCAGGCCGUGGUGCAGCGGACGCAGGUGCUGCUGCUGGCCGGGGAGACGUGGGAGCCGGACCGCGCCCAGGCCGCGCUCAGCUCCUUCGCCCACCAGGUGCUGCCCGUGGCCCGGCCGCCCAGCCCCGCGCCGCCCAGCGCGCCCCCGGCCGGGCAGCUCAUCUUCUUCCUGUGCCGCGCCCCGUCGCUGCGGGGCCGGGCCGAGCGGCUGCGGGAGGUGCUGCGGGGCGUGCGGGAGCAGAGCCGCGGCGCGCCCGCCGCCCUGGUGGCGGUGAUCGUGCAGCCCCAGCCCGAGGAGGAGGCGGAGGCCCGCCGCCGCCUGGAGGAGCUGCUCCUCGAGGUCUUCCAGCCGCCGGGGCCGGGCGCCGGGGCGCGGGUCGAGGUGCACACGGCCGUGUUCCGCCCCGGCCGGCCCGAGGGGGCCAAGAAAGCCGCUUGCGAGGCGCUGAGGGAAGAGCCAGAAGACGCUGUUUGGGUUUCACGAGCCACCCUCUUCAAAGUCCUGGGGGCGCUGUGUGUGGCGUGCGCUGGUAUUAUUGGAAGCCAGUACAUGAACACUAGCAUCUGAGACCGGGUCCCAUCGGGCCUGCGCCCUGCCCACAGGCCGCUGUCCAUCUGGAUCUUAACUACCAUCCAAAAUAAAAAACAUCAUCCUGUAAGAUUUGUGUGUCCGUACCUUUACAUUUCCACUUAAAACCUUUAUCACACUUUCAAACAUGAAUAUGCAGCAAUCACAUUUUAGGUCUUACUCCUCAGAACAAAUGUCUUUGCUAUAGGAAAAAUGGGAACAUGUUUGAGAUUAUUCUGAUAUUUCCACUAUUUUUCACUUUUUAAAUGUCAAUUUUCAGUCCUGUGGUUUUCUCCAGUCACAUUAGCCAAUCUUGAUCAAUGCCGUUACUGACUUCAGCAUAAAACAGGGGAGAUCAACUAGAGUGGUUCGCUAAGUGAUCAUCAUGUUGCCUCUAUUGCUCAGGACUGGGGUUAGUAUGAAUGUGUCACUGACGGAAGUACAGCUUUAUCCUGGGAAGAGUAGUUGGUGCAAAAAUGAAGUGUGAUUUAUGCUCACGUGUAAAAGUCCAGUUGAAUUGUACAGGUAAAUAACACAUGAAUCUUAACAUUUAUUAAAAUUAGUCCAUCACUUCUGAAUAUUAUUUUAACUAAUUGACCUUUCUACCUCUGUUCAGACUUCUCCAGCUGUUCU